AGCGGGCUGCCUGGAGGCGCCGAGGUCCCGCGGUCACCAGCCCAGGCGGCCGCCCCUGCACCCAGCGCACCAUGCAGCGUGGCCCCCGGGGGCGGUGAGGGGCAGGGGCCCUCCGCCCGGGCCCACCGCGCCCCGGCCCGCGCCCCCGCCGCCGCCUGAGCGCGGGCCCUGGCCGCCGCCCCUCAUGGGUCUGUGCUACAGCCUGAGGCCGCUGCUCUUCGGAGACCCUGAGGACGUCCCCUGCGCGGACCCGGAGUCGCGCCUGGAGGAAGCGCGGCCCGGCCCGGUCCCGGCCGGGGCGGCGGAGAGCGAUGCCGCCGGGACCCCACCCCCUCGAGGCGGCGGCCAGAGCGCAGCGAGCGCGCGGCCCGGCGCGGACAAGCCGAAGAAGAAGCGGCGGCGGGCGGAGCAACUGCGCGCCGAGGAGCGCGAGGCGGCCAGGGAGGCGCGGAAAGUGAGCCGCGGCAUCGACCGCAUGCUGCGCGAGCAGAAGCGCGACCUGCAGCAGACGCACCGGCUCCUGCUGCUGGGGGCUGGCGAGUCUGGGAAAAGCACUAUCGUCAAACAAAUGAGGAUCCUGCACGUGAAUGGAUUUAAUCCCGAGGAGAAGAAACAGAAAAUUCUGGACAUCAGGAAAAAUGUCAAAGAUGCCAUUGUGACGAUCGUCUCCGCGAUGAGUACUAUAAUACCUCCAGUCCCAUUGGCCAACCCCGAGAACCAGUUUCGAUCGGAUUACAUCAAGAGCAUCGCGCCUAUCACGGACUUCGAAUAUUCCCAGGAGUUCUUCGACCACGUCAAGAAGCUGUGGGACGACGAGGGCGUGAAGGCGUGCUUCGAGAGGUCCAACGAGUACCAGCUCAUCGACUGCGCCCAGUACUUCCUGGAGAGAAUCGACAGCGUCAGCCUGGUGGACUACACUCCCACCGACCAGGACCUCCUCAGAUGCAGGGUGCUGACAUCGGGAAUUUUCGAGACUCGCUUCCAAGUGGACAAAGUGAAUUUUCACAUGUUCGAUGUCGGUGGCCAGAGGGACGAGAGAAGAAAAUGGAUCCAGUGUUUUAACGACGUCACGGCUAUCAUCUACGUCGCCGCCUGCAGCAGCUACAACAUGGUGAUCCGGGAGGACAACAACACCAACAGGCUGCGGGAGUCCCUGGACCUGUUCGAGAGCAUCUGGAACAACAGGUGGUUGCGGACCAUCUCCAUCAUCCUGUUCCUGAACAAACAGGACAUGCUGGCAGAAAAAGUCCUAGCAGGGAAGUCAAAGAUCGAAGACUAUUUCCCAGAAUACGCGAACUACACUGUUCCUGAAGACGCAACACCAGAUGCAGGAGAAGACCCCAAAGUUACAAGAGCCAAGUUCUUUAUCCGGGACUUGUUUUUGAGGAUCAGCACGGCCACCGGCGACGGCAAGCACUACUGCUACCCGCACUUCACCUGCGCCGUGGACACGGAGAACAUCCGCAGGGUGUUCAAUGACUGCCGCGACAUCAUCCAGCGGAUGCACCUCAAACAGUACGAGCUCUUGUGAGGCUCCCGGCCGCCCGCCCCUCCGCCGCCUCCCUCCCUCCUGGCCACCCCUGGCCGGACUGUGUGUUGGUCCACCCCAGCCGUGGUAGGGCGUAGUGUGUCUAGUUCCCUCUGGCUGCUGUCUGUCCUGCCCCCGGUGCCCCACCAAGCCUCCGGCUACCUCUGUCCCCCAGGUUUGGUUCCGUAGCUUGGUUUCCACUGAACACAACCUCCACCCCAGAUUUGCCCCUCUCACUGGGCCACGCUGCAGGGAACCCUCUCUGGGUGGGGACCCCUGUCACACGCUUGAGUGACUCACCAAGAGCCCCGUAGAUGCGAGAAAGUGCUUUUUCUUCUUCAAGUUAUCAAGCAUGAUUGCAAACGCACGUGCAGGGGCCCUGAGCAGGGGCUCUUCCAGUUCCCCGGGGAGGGCUGACAGGUGGCUGGCCAAGGCAGAGACCCCGAGCAACCAAGCAGAGGUGGUUUUUUUCUUUUCUUUUCUUUUUUGUGGCAGUACUAGGGAUUGAUUGAAUCCUGGGGUGCUCUACCAUUGAGCUACACCCCAGCCCUCUUUAUUUAUUUAUUUUCCUGAGACAGGGUCUCACUAAGUUGCUGAGGCUGGCCUUGAACUUGCAAUCCUACUGCCUCAGCCUCCCGAGUAGCUGGGGUGACAGGUGUGCUCCUUCACCCUCAGCUGAGAAGCCCUUGUUCAGUCUCCGGUACCCUUGCUGCCAGCCAGCCUCAGGCACUUGAAUCAGAGCUCCUCUGAGCCUUUUACAUCUCACUGCGCAAGUGCGUCCUGUCUGAAAAAAAGACCCUUUACACCUUCACUACAUUUGGGUGGAGUCUUCUUUCAUAUAUUCUUUUAGUUGUUGGUUUAUUGCUGGUUUAUUACACUGUACAGACCACAAAAUGUAACAUUCUUUUGUAUCACUACUACGGAAAAAUCCUUGUAGAUUUUUGUGCCUUGGAGAUGGCUGUAUCUGUAGAGGAAAUGCGUCUUCAUUGUGCUUAAUGUCAUCAUGACCUGCUGCUUACUCCAUAAAAGGAAAUGAAUAGGCCAGCCUUGACGAUAGUCUCAUCAGGCUGGAACUCUGGUAGAUAUCCCUUGAUUUCAAGAAACUGUAAAUUAGAUGCAUCUGUCACCCCCACCAACACUGUCCUGCCACUGCCUCAGCCACCCGCCCGUGCUUCUCUAGUCUCAGCUGCAAAGUCCUGAACUCCCUUCCAGGGUACGGGCCACAGUCUCAUCUUCCCGAGAGCCAGGGAUUUAUUUUUUCUUCCCAGUCGAUGUUUCUUGAUUACUUUGCCUAGUUAAAGACUCCUUCAAGUUCCCCGACUAGGAACAGGAGCACCAUCCCCAGAGCCAAAGCUUCGGGCAGAGGCUCCACCAGCAGGUAAAGAGAUGACAAGAGAAAAGCAAGUGGCAUGUGUCUGCAUGGCGGAGAGGAGAAGGGCAGCACCUUCGUGUCUCGUGAAGAAGAGCAUUACACAAUCUUUUUUUAAAAAUUAUUUUUAUUUGGACUGGGGCUGUAGCUCAGUGGCAAAGCGCUUGCCUAGCACGUGUAAGGCACUGGGUUCCAUCCUCAGCACCACCUAAGAAUAAACAUAAAAUAAAGGCACGGUGUCCGUCUAAAACUGAAAAUAUUUUUUAAAAAAAUUAUUUUUAUUUGCAAUGCUGGGGAUGGAAGCUGGGCCGGAGUCCAGGCCAGGCAAGCGCUCUACCACCAGGCUGCACCCCGGCCCCACAGAACCUUUAUUUGAAACCUGAAGGCUGAAGACAUGGCUGUUUUUCAUGUGCAAGAUUUUCAAAUGCAGCCUCAAAAGCUGUGGUCCAGUACGUCACCUGGGAAGGAAGGAUGCUGUGGUAACGGGGCUUCUUUUCCAGCUGCAGGCACAGGUUUGGGGUGGUUUUCUUGGGCCUAAAGCAAUCUGUAAAGGUGUCCAGAAUUAAAUUUUCAACAGUACACAUCCAGAGAAGUGACAGCCUUUAUUAGUUCAUUACUUUCCUUUUCGACUUCAAUAUUUUAAAGUUUACUCUCUGGAUCAGCAUUUUAUGAUCCUGUAGAAAUUCGUCCAGAUUUAGAUGCCACUCUUCCAUGGAGGAUGACGGCCUCACAGGCCAUCGCUGGGACGCAGCCCGUGGUUUAUCUCCUCAUCCCCAGCUCCCUGCUUCUUCCAUUCCCCUUGGUUGCCUAAAACCCAGUGGAACUGGGACACAUAAAAUGGAAAUGGUUUUCAAGUCCCCUUCUGCUUUCCAAUAAGAGGAAGGAAACGGAAAAGAAACACAUCCACCCCCAAAAAAAAAAAAAAAAAGUGAAGUUCUGUACCGCUGUCCUCAUUAUUGCUCAGUGAUUUCCCCUGACCAAAUACGAUUGAGGAACCAGAGGCGCGGGGUGUAGCUCAGAGGGCAGCUCAGGCUCAGCAUGCCCAGGGCCUGGGGUGCAGUCCCCAGCACCGCCUCAAAUAAACAAACAAAUGGUAAAAGUUGGGUUAAAAACCAGAACCAGACUCUUAAGAAACAAAAACAAAAAGAAGACAUUACAUCUGACCUGAAAUCAUUAAAAUAUUUAUUUUUAAAUACUAAAAGCCAUCUAUGACCACUCCAUUUUUUUCAAUUUUUGAUCAUUAACAGGCAUUAGAUGUAACAACAUGGUCUCCUAAAUAGAAAAUUUACCUUUACCUAAAAAUCUGACUCCAUUAGUUCCAUACCGAAGUACGAAGGUCUAUAAAACCCGCGUGCCCCACAGCUGCAUCUGCGGUCUAAGUGUACAGCGUCCGGCGUGCAGGCGUUUAGAGCCACUUCACAGGACAGAGGCAAACCACUGCGCCUGCGCACGGGCGGCCAGGGCGCAGCAGGGUGCGGGUCCUUCCCCGGGAGCAGGGCGCAGCUUCGUGCAUGAAGGGGCGGCGUCCGCGGCGUCCCCCUCUGUACAGACGCAACCUUCGCUGAGGGCACCCGCGUUUGGUAAGGCAGCCUGCCGCAGAGUCCGGGUUCCGUUUUCACAGCACGAGAGGAGCCAGCUAUUCAUUGUGCGUCGCCGGCUGCUGAGGUGCGCAGCGAGGCCCACGGUUGGCCGGCUCGCUGGAGCACGAGAUGGGUUCUGCUGGAGCUCCCGUCUGUGAUGGACAUCUGAUGGAUGUCCACCG